UGCGUGCGCUUCGGUUUCCAAUCGGCGUCUGCAAUUAUCUGCUGUGCGUGAAAAAUCGUUUGGUUAUUUGACAUCGAGGCGCCCUAGAGUCGCAGCAGCAAUAGGCCAUUACCCCCCGUAUUGCCUAGCUAUUGUUCUAUUGCUGAUAUAUUGAUAAGCAGAAAAUAGAUCGAUGUCCUGCUGGCCACUUGCUAGCUAAGUAGUGCGGCAACGGUGGCACGUUGGCAACGUAAAAGUAGUGAAGCUGGUGGUUGACGUAUUAUUAAACACUUCAAGACAGCGUAGCGAUAUUUUUUAGCUGUUCUCAAACGAUCUAUUUCACAGCUGUGUGCGUACUAGCAGUGUACAUAUCGUCGUGUGAACAGAAUUCUGAACAGCCAAUUUGUCGCCCAUUGAUAAUGGAUUCUACUGAUAAUCACGGAACUACAGUGCACGCCGCGUGAUAUAUAGGGACAUAUUGUAUAAUAUAUAAAUAUAUCUGUCUGCGAUUUUCGUUCUUUCUUUUUCCGUUUGCGCCAGAUUCUGGGUGAUGUUAUUGUAGAAUAAAAUUUCUCGCGAAAGAAAAACGAGUACGAUGAGGUUAAUGGCGCUGUUCGCUCUUAUUUUUCUGUGGCAAAAGAGGAGACAAAAGGGGUUUCGACAACGGAAAGCAAGCGAAGAAAAAACGACCGAAUGCUCCUCAACGACAAAACGGCAGAGGAAAGAAAUCGGAGACGUGUCGCUGCUGCCUCUUCCCUGUAGUGUGUAACUGAUCGUAUGUGAUCCCGUGGCCUGCAUUAGUGUAACUGGCCAUUGUUGGACGGCCGGCCUGGGGCGAACAAUAGAUGUGUGCGUCUGUGUGAGUGUAUUUGUGUAUCCAUGUCAUAUAGAUGGAAUCAUCCUGCACGGAUUUGAAGAAACGUGACACGCGUUGUGAAACAGGAGAAGGUCAUCGUUCAGAGUCGCUGUUCCGUUUGUCGCUCGACAGCUACAGCAGACCUCAGGGGGUAUUAUCCCCCAAGGAAAAGUAACAAUCCUAGAUUGAGCUGCGUCAAACAUCAUGUCAAACACACAAUAAAGGGCCACUCUCCUGUGAGAUAGUUUUGGCGACUUAUCUGUUUCGGUCGCCACAUUUUAGGGGGGUUCCCAGAAGCUUUUGCGUGUAUUCUCCAAUCGAUAUCUGCAUGUGACAUACAGAGGGGGCGCUUUUUAUGCUCGACAUCGUAAAUCGCCAGCAUCCGCGGGUUCGGUGCGAGAUCUCUGGACAGAGCGAUAUGUAGAUAUAGAAAGAGAGAAAAAGGGCGAGGUCUAACCCAGCAAAAAAAAGCUGGCGCUGCGAGCGAUUGAUGCGGCUUUUACCUAUAUGCGGUGGCACAUUUCCAUCAUGUUGUCAUUACGACACGAUCUGCUAUGCGUUACCUCACUGAUGCCAUAGAGGACAAACUUCAGCUGUAACAACAGCUAUCGAGAGCCCGCGUGAACUUGUUUGUCGUUCGUUCGACUUUAGAUCAACAUCCUAUAGAAUUGCUUUCUUCGCCGUCGUUUACAACGGCUGAACAUGGCUUUGGCCAACUGUGCUCGUGCCACUGGGCUGUGUAAGAUUGUGGAUAGGCGUCUAUACAACAUAUUGGUAAACAAUUAGGUUAGACGUGAUAACUAGGAUAAUAUCGCACAGCCGAAAUGAAUUAUCAGACAAGUCUGUACCGCUGGAUACCACCGUCUCCUAUAUUUUAAAUAGCCCUUCGUCCAGUUCCCAUAGCAUUCACACAUCGCUGUCAUUUUUGUUCGGUGUUUUCGUGAAGUUGGGCAAUAAAGUGAACCCGGAAUUGGGAUAUGCUAAUACGUGAUUGUUGUAGCCAACCAACCCCAUACCGUUCGUCAUUUUGCCGUGGUGUCGCUUAGAUGAGUGGAGAAGUCAUGCUUUUUUCGCGCAAUGCCAACUGAUACCGCUUGCUAACAUUAUUACUUCCAUAGAUGUAGUGUGCCCAUACAUAUGGGGUGCUGUGGAAAGCAGCACCAAUAAACACUUAUACGCCAAGUGGAUAUCUACAACAAUAUGGACAACAUGUAUAUAUAUACUGAUGCUUUUUCAGAUUUUCAUCGAUAAUAAUUCCAUACUGUAUGAUGAUGAACUCGAUCAAAACAAAUUCAACUUUGUUGAAAUUAGCAAUGCCCGUUACAUCCGUCGGUACGGCCCGUCGGCUGAAUUACAGUUCCAGCUCUACAAUCACCCUCCGGUCAGUAGCGGACUAUCGGCAGAGCAGUCUUAUACGAGACAUCCACUACCAUAAGCAAUAAAAUAUCUCACGCCCUUGGUCAAGCCGCGGCCAGGAGACAAAGUGGAGCCUCAAUUGAGGUAGCUCAUUCCGUAAGCGUUACUUCGAUGUCUAUGUGAUGUGAACCUCUACGAUACGUGCGAGGCGCGGUGUUACCUUCAGGGGCGAUGUCGACGCGAGAGGAUCGGCACGUGUCCGCCCUUAUUCGACGUCGAUGCUGCUGGAGUACGUCGUCACAUUCGGCUGUAGUGCCUACCCGUUUAGAUAUUGUUGCAACGCAGCCGGCUCCUUUGUCUUCGCUGCGGAAAUGGCGACCAGGUGGUGUAGACCCAUUUAUAAUCGCGCUCUGGGUUCUUCUGCUGUCAUUUGCGUCGUCAGCCGCCCUAAGCACGUUAACUGGCGCCAAUGGGAUGCCAAUCUUGCUACCGCUCGUAGACAACAGUGAAAUAUUAGGCGUCAAUAAGGAAGACAAACAGCCAUUAACGUCAAGUGGUUUAUCAGGCGGCAGCAGCCAAGACGUGGUCGGAGUGGUGGCAGUCGUCGCUGAGGAGGAGUGCCCAACAGGAUGUUUUUGCAAAUGGGCAAACGGGAAACGGACUGCCGAAUGUGGGGCGGCCGGCCUAACCGAAGUACCCGAAGGACUCAAUAGGGACACGCAGGUCCUGAAUCUGUCAAAUAAUACCAUUUCGUUUCUUGGUCCACGUGAGUUUCACGCUAAAGGCUAUUCGAACCUGCAACGAAUCCACGUUGCUCGAUGUGGCCUAUCCAUGAUUGCCCCAUCAGCAUUUCAUCUGCUGACGAAUCUCGUUGAGUUGGACCUUAGCUCGAAUAAGUUACAUCGGGUGCCAAGUAGUGCUCUCUCGGAUUGCGGCUCUCUACGCCGACUCUCCCUUAGCUUCAAUCCCAUCGAAACGAUUCAUGACGAUGCGUUCAGGGGCUUGUCGCGUCUGGGAACACUCGAGCUCAAUUUCUGCCGCUUGACGGUCGUCGAGAGCCUCGCCUUUCGAGGCCUGCGAUCUCUAGAAUUUCUACGAAUGGCACAUAAUCUGCUCAAGAGGGUCCCUCCAAAUGCACUUAUCGAGCACCUUCCGCCACAGCUGUAUGGUGUUAAUUUGGAAGAAAAUCCAUGGACGUGUGACUGUGAAAUGCGUCAGGUUCGUCAAUGGAUGGAGGAAAACAAUAUUCCAUUAUCGGCUCCUCCUAAAUGCGCCCACCCACAUCGACUUCAAGGUGUCUCUUGGCAGGCCCUGGAGUUGGCAGACUUUGCAUGCGCACCAGAACUCGCGGCAAUCGAUUCUGUGGCGGCCGCUGUCGAAGCUGAGAAUGCCACACUUCGGUGUGAAGUUGAAGCGCAGCCCCCUUCGAGCACCGCAAUUAGUUGGGCUUUCAAUGGUCGACCGAUACGAAAUAUGUCAUUAAUUUCAUUCGGUCGUCAGCUUUACAUAAUCCGCGAGGAGGUGUCCCUUAGCCGGGUGAAAACCAGCGUCCUCACGAUUGUCAAUGCUUUUGUCAAGGACAGCGGUAGUUAUACUUGCGUGGCGACCAAUCGGGCUGGCAAUGUAUCAGGCCAUGCCACGCUACACAUAUAUCCCCGCGAAGAGUUCGGCCCCUUGACGUCCGCGGAAAUCGGAGGUGUCGUCCUAGGCUUUCUGUUGACACUGGUUGUCCUUGUUGGCGCCGUAUAUAUGGUGAUGCAACAGUACCAAAGCUAUUGCCAACAGAGGGCCGCUUCGUCAGGAAGUGCGCUUGACGACCAUGCAGACCACACUCUCAAGGGCACCCCGGACAGGGGUCAAACGCUGAAGGAAAAAAGUGGGAAAAACAAUGGUGUCAAAAUCCCUUCAUGCGCAAAGCCCAGCUAUGAAACUGUCGUAAGUCUAACGAAAAACAACGGCCACGUCGGCGUUGAUCUCGUAAAUUCGACCAACAAUGGUGCUGCCCCCUUUACCGAGGUGCGAACGCCGCCGGAACGGCCUCACAACUCGGGCGACAAUGACGGUGGCAGCUCUUCAAACAACAAGGUUAACCAAUUACCUCUGGGCGGGCUUUCGAUGGCAGGCGGUACCAAUGGCUUUCUACAGCAAACGUUUUACACAGCAACGACUGACUGCCAAAAGCCGCAAGCAACGACCAUUCUACCGACGAGAACAAAACAAAACAUUGCUUUGACGACAGACAGCCCCUCCACUGUACCAUCUGCGACACAAAUGGUUUCCAAUACGGUAAGAACUCCAUGCAGUAAUUCAUCAGGAUCCAAGGAUAAUUUUAACGUAUGCGCUGAGGCCGGCGGCAGCAGUAGCUGUAAUGAUGCCACAAACGGUUCAGCGAAGCAAGCAUACUCUACUUUCGAAAAGAACAAUGCGAGCCUCGUAAACGCCAUCGCUUUCGAGCUCGAAGAAAAAAUUGCCAAUCGCGUGAUUGAGAACCUCAACUUGCGCAAUCGGCAGUCGCAAAUGAUGACAAUGGGCUCCGGCGGUACCGUUCAACAACAACCUCAGCACCAACAGCUGUCGCCGCAUCAGCCAAGGCCCUUAAGUGAAGACCUUGAAGACCACGUACCGCCACCCCCUGCCCCAAAGGAAGCAACCAGUGCCAAAAGCAGCAAGGAUUUUCUUCAUGUGGCCGCGCUAAAGGCGAGAUCUAAUGGGACGGUCAGUGCGAGGAUAGUGCAUGGAAGCGGGGGCGGGACAGGUUCGACUCCGGUGGUUGGACUAGGGGGAAAAAACGUUGCCUGUGGUUUUGCAACGGGUGAGAUGCAGCUAGCUCAUGCACAAGCCAAUCCCGCGUUUCACCUCGACCUUCGUGGGGAAUUACGGGACAGUCCUGAUGAGGGACUUGGGGACGAAAGAGACUAUGAAACCGAUGACGGACCGCACACGUAGUGUAAAUAAGUAGGUUCCAGAAGGGGGCGUGUUUGUACAGAGUUGUUGUAAUAGAAAGCGAAAGGAUCAAGAGAAGACCUACAUGGGACAAAACAAAUGCACGACAGACGCCAGCAUGCCACGACGCGGUCGAAUGAAUAGUGUUAAAACGACACCACUUAACAUAAACUGCAUCCGCAACAAUUUGAAGGAGAUUGGCCAUAUUACGAUGUGCUGCUAUACACGAAAGGGUGCACGUUUAAAAACGGUCAAAUGUUUUUUAAAACGAAAAAAGAAAAACAAAGUACGACAAAUGGAAUCCGUUUUAUGCUUCCGUCAUUUGCAUCAUCACAACAGCCGGAUAGCAGAUAUUAACUGUACGGUUAAUAGCUGCACCAUAUAUCAAUAUGGACAGCAAUAAUCCAUAUAAUGAGUAAUUGGCGUACUUUGCUGGUCAAAGCCCUAAUGGACGUGCUCGUUAUAACACCCAUAUGGAAAUCCACGGACGCUGGACGAUCUUUGCACGUCGAGUGUAAGUACACAACAAAAAACAAGCCACAGCCGCAUACACAUUCGUAGCCCAAUCUAGAAAUUUUCAUGUUUGCUUUGAAGACUUACAAACAAUAGACCGCAUACAAUCGAAAAUAAACACAAAGGAAUUGCAUCUGGCUAAGCAGACCAGGACACACAAGAAAACCUUUAAGGAGAAUUGAAAACGAAGAGGGUGCCGCCAAUUGUAGUCGAAGCGAUUGUAGCGACGUCACUCAGCAUCUGUGAUCUGUACAAAGGAAAAGUCGAAAUGUGGCUGGCUAGAUGCAGGGGAUAUACUGUGUGUGGUGUGCGGACGCAGACGAGGUGGAAGAAAGUAUCAUCGUUUUAGAAUUUUAGGCCAGUGGCAACGUUAAUGAUGGCUCCGAGAAGUAGAGAUGUACUCUGGUCGUUAACAAGAAUGACAACAUUAUAGUGCUAUAAUGAGUAGUAUUGAAAAAGUGAUACCAGUGAAUAAUUACGCUGAAACAAAAGAGCGUACUAAAAAUAGGUUGGCCAAAGUAUCAGGCCUAUUCUAACGUAACCGGACGAAAUUAUCAGAGAGAAAAGACGAUCUGUAUAAAGGGCAGCCAAACAAAGUGAGUGUUAGCGGGGAGCAGCAGGCAUCUGGAGGAUUAAAUAGUAAUGGUAUCGUGGGAAAAGGUGAAAAGAGCCAAACCAACGAGAUACCGUGAUCCAGCUGCCUGAUGGCAGACAUAAUGAUGCCCCAUGAAAAAUGCACUCUUUAGCAACCAGUGACGACGGGCCAACUUCACUUUUCGUCGAACAAUGGUAGAAUAUGAUGAGUGCAACUAUUUUCAUUGAUUAGAUCCUAGCUUCAAUGAAAUUCAACUGUUAAAAGUUUUCCUCAUCUACUACCCUAGCACUUGAGGUUUCAUAACGAUGAUUCCAACUUUAUGUUACCUCAUCUCUGAAUCAUACGUUGACAUGAAGCUCAGCACAAAGCAAAACAAGUGCAAUAUAUGUAGAUGUAUAUAUAUAUAUAUAUUUUUAGUACACGUAAGCUAUAGAAUACACUAUCCGAGACGUUCAUGUUAGAAUAGCUCUAAUCGGUGGUCGACAGCAUACAAACGACGAUUAUGCGAGCGUCUGUGCUUGUAAGCUUUGCCAGUGAUUUGUGUAUUACUAUAGACAAAAAAAAAAAAAAAAAAAAAGAGAAAGAUCUUUAGAACGGUUAUUCAAUUUCACACAAACGUUACUUUGUCGCGGAAAACAUUAGCGAGCUAUUUAUUAACGUAUUUACUUUAGGUAGACGAUUAAUUCUAUACAGAUAUAAUAAAAGUGUUGUAAAUGAAAAGUAACUGUCUGACUGGGGCGCAGUAUAGAACUGCGUUUUCCCGUGUUCGUGUCCUUUGUUUCUGUACACAAGUUAUAACGUCAUGGGAUGUCGUCUGUUAGAACGCGACGAUAUACGCAUGGAAUAGGAAGAGAUACACUGUAUAUACGAUACCAAACAGGAAAAUGAAAAAAAAAACUAAUGAAAAUAAUAAACACUGUGCGAUUGAUGAAAAUGGCGAUCGGAAAUUGAUGAGAUCAACAUG